AUGUCUAUAAUAAUACCCGGUGACAAACUACCAAUAGAGACACAAGAAUCCACUACGAAAACAACAAUAGGUCCUGGAAUAUAUAAAAUACCACGAACUUCUAAAAUAAUACCAACUACAGCAGGUUAUUUAGAAAUAGAUCAAAAAUAUCAUCAAAAUUCAAAAUUAACAUAUAUUGAAUCCAAAACCAAAAGAUAUAUACCACAUAAUAAUGACUUUGUAAUAGGUACAAUAGUAGGUACAAUAGGAGAAUAUUAUAAAGUAAAUUUACAAAAUUUUUCAUCAUCAAUAUUGUUAAAUUUUUUUGCAUUUCCCAAUACAAAUAAAAAAAAUAGACCAAAUUUAAAAAAUGGUCAAGUCAUAUAUGGUAGAAUAGUAAAUGAUGAUAAUGAUUCAACUUUUGAAACUGAAAUUGAAUGUUUUGAUGGUUCAAACAACAAGGAAUCUGGAGGAUUUGGUAUAUUGGAUGAUUCAGGUUAUAUCUUUAACAUAUCGAUGAAUUUUGCAAGAGAAUUAUUAUAUAAUUCAAAAUCACCAGUAUUAGAAUUAUUAGCACAAAAGUUAAAAUUUGAAAUUGCAAUUGGAAUAAAUGGGAAAAUUUGGUUAAAAUGUGAUGAUGGUUUACAAUUAAAAUCAACAGAUAAAGAUCAAAUGGAAGAUGAAGAUGAAAUAAAUUUAAAAAAUAAAAAUUUAAAAGUUUUAAAAGAAACUAUUGCAGCUGUAAAUUAUAUUAAACGAUGUGAACGAACUACUCCUGAUAAUUUUGAAAAAGAAUUAAAAUUAGCAUUUAAAGGUAUAUAG